UCAGCGUUGUUAGGACGUUGGAAACGUCAGUUUGUUACUCAUGAAGAGGUAUGUGUGACUUUGGCACAGCGCACAUUGUAGAAGUCUGUGUGUAACUUGGCUGUAGGUAAAUCAUGGUAGGGGCAAAGACAACGUGUGGUGUGGCUACUUAGUAAGCUUUGAAAGUGUUAAAUGACAACCGAAGAUUUGUCGAGGGCUGUACGGACAGUAUUUAGUUUGAACUUCCGUUUGAUGCAAAGCUUGUCAACCACUGAACUGGCAACUUGGAUAACGUUUGCUAGCAAGCUAGCUAGCAACCUCUGCUAAGUUAGAAAGCUAAAUCCAAGGCUAAGGUAACUUGUUUGCAUUAAGGAAAACUGAUCUUGAGUCUCGUAGUAUGCAUUAUUUAGUUUUAGUUGACGUCUGUCCUUCUUUGAAAUAACUUAAUUAACAUGAAUCCGUGACUGCGCCUUGGGUAACGUUAGGCAACGUUCCUGAGUGUUCUGUAACCUAGCAAGCGCAUUUCUUGGCUUUGGAGGUUUUUCGAAUGCCGAUGUUUGUCAGCUUAGUAGCUAACGUUAGCUAGAUUGCAUAUAGUUUACGCUGCAAAUUAUGUUAACAUCAUAGGGCUGAUGAUUCAGCGUUAGCAAGCGUGCUUCGUGGUGAAGUGUGUCCAUCAACCAGGUUUCGUCGCGAGAUUUGGGCGUAGCUAGUUGCAAGUUUGGAAGCCUAAGAGCUAUCAAGUAUUAACACCUCGUUGUGGGCCAGGUCGAUGCGGGGGACACACAUAAGGCAAGAGGCAGGUUCUGGGAGCUGAGAUUUGCUGGUUGCCAUUGAGGUUGUCGUAGAAUUUUGAUUGUGCCAUAAAUCAUGCUGCUGUCUUUGGUUGUACACACGUACUCUUUGCGGUACUGGUUUCCAGCCGCUGUUAUGCUGGGUACUGCCCCGGCGUACUUUCUCUCAUGGAGUGCUUGGCGUCUCUUGUCCACCGUACUACCAUCCAAACUGUAUCACACAAUGGACGACCGCAUAUACUCGGUCUAUCAGAGUAUGGUCCUGUUCUUCUUCGAGAACUACACAGGAGUUGAGAUCAUCAUCUAUGGAGACAUACCAAAGACGAAAGAGAAUGUAGUCUACCUUUCUAAUCACCAGACCACAGCGGAUUGGAUCAUAGCUGACAUGCUAGCUAUCAGACAGAGUGCACUUGGCCAUGUAAGAUACGUCUUAAAAGAUGGUCUGAAGUGGCUCCCCUUGUACGGAUAUUAUUUUUCUCAGCAUGGAGGAGUUUACGUGAAGCGAAGUGCCAAGUUUGACGAGAAGGCCAUGAAAAAGAAGCUUUUAUCACAGACAAAGUUGGGAACACCAAUGUACCUGGUUAUCUUCCCAGAGGGAACCCGAUACAACCCUGAGAACAGAAGGGUGAUCGUCGACAGUCAGGCCUUUGCCACUAAAGAAGGAUUGGCUGUUUUGAAAAACGUUCUAACACCCCGGAUGAAAGCUUCGCACAUUGCCAUAGAGACCAUGAGAGAUCACCUAGACGCCGUGUAUGAUGUCACUGUAGCGUACGAAGGACCCCCUGCAGCUGGGAGUCAAAGGCAACCCGCCCCAACAAUGCCAGAAUUCCUCUGUAAGGAGUGCCCAAGGGUCCACAUCCACUUUGACCGCGUGGACAUAAAGGAAAUUCCUUCGGAGCCUCUGUUUUUUCGCAGGUGGCUGCACGAGAGAUUUGAACUCAAAGACGAGCUGAUGGGCAAUUUCUAUGAAUCAGAGGAUCCUGCCGUGAAGUCUACGUUCCCCGGAGAAGGUCGAUGUUCGGCACUUAGCAUCACAAAGACAUUGCCUCCGCUGGUCAUUCUCAGUGCCCUGACCUUACCCAUGCUGCUGACUCCAUCGGGCAGGAAGCUUUACUUAAAGACCUGGAUCUAUGGGACUCUCAUAGGGUGGCUGUGGGUACACCUUAGGCCAUGAGUGACAGGAGUCCACUGCCAUAAUUCUGUCUCAUAUCAGUAUGGACAGGCCAUGCUCUAGAUUUCCCUCCUAUGGUGUAGGGGUACAAUUUUUUUUCCAAAAAAAAAAAAAGAACUAUUCAAAAGUUUUUUUGGAGCUACAGUCAUUCUGUUCACAGAGAUGUACCCCCAAACCUGUUAUUGUUUUAGGAGAAAAAACAAGGUACAGUGUCCUGUUCCCAUCAGCCAUACGUCUUCAGUCAGUCGACUCCAUCUCCUGGUAAUAUGUGUGUAGUGGCCAUUCUUACCUCCACCAAUUCAUAGUUUAGAUUGUAUAUGGGAGGGAAAAAAGGAGAGUAAUGCACUGAAGAAAAGUAAAAGGAUCUUGAAAUGUUCUUGUCUCUAUGGAUUUGGUUGCCUUGCAUUUAUGCUAUUUUUGAAUGUCAGAAUCAGCUGAAUUUCGGUUUUGAUGGAGAGAAAAUAUAUAUAUAUAUAUAUAUAUAUAUAUAUAUAUAUAUAUAUAUAUAUAUCCGUCUUUAGUUUGGAUGUGAGGUUCAUGGGAAGUCUGCAUACUAGUUUUUGUUAAUGGCAAAACUUUCAGUACAGAAGCCCUUUAUGCACAAAUGAAAUCGUUAAUUAAUUUCCUACAUAGUAAAUACUUUAAUUUAGAUGCCAAGGUUCACUAAAUAUGGGCGCUUUAUUGUAAAACGAGAAAUGAUGUGGGCCAUUUCGCUGUCAGCAUCAGUAUAUUACUGUGGAAUUGGGCAUGAAGAGGAAAAUGGCUGACUUUUUUUCCUGGUUUGAGUAUUUGUACUGUUUCUUGCCUUCUUGCCAAAUGUGGGGGGAAAAGCAAUACAUUCACUUUAAUAAGAUGCUAUAUAAAGAAAAUGAAUUAAUUUAGUUCUUGUAAAGCUGUAUGAGGUUUUGGUGUGUGCUGCCUUCAGUAUGCCAUGUCACACCACCAGCAAGGAAGGCCAAGGGGAUACCUGUUAUGUGCUCUCAGUUUUUUCAGCUCUGAUACACAUUAUCACUCUUAUUACCAUUACAGGUUAUUUUUUCUAAUGGGUUUGUUCUCAAACUUCAAGUGUUUUUAAACUUGUAUUUCUUUUCCUUUAUUUUGGGUAAGAUCUUGACCAUUUUAGUCUACAUAUGUCUGUGUAUGACCACAAAUGCAAGCAGUAGUGAAGGCAGGUUGACUUGAGAGGGGGGUGGGUGGGUGUUAUCAGCAACAUUGCUGGUCACAACGAGUGGUCAAAAUAGCUGUUCCAUUAAGCAGCAUCUUUGAAGUGCCACUCAAUAGCAUAGGUGUGUGCCUUUGGCUUUUAGGGGUACUGUUCUUAGUCCAUACUACAGAUGCGCCAGCCUUUAAUGGUCCUUACCUGUGGAGGCUAUCUCACUGAGUCCCCCUACUGGGCAGUAGCUGAAUUACAUAGUCAUAUCACAGCAUUUGAUUUGCUUUGAGUUGUAAAGAUGUUGACUUCUUUUAAGCAUUGGGAGAGUGUAGGUCUAAAGAGAUAAUUACAUAUACAACGUAAUGUGCAAAGCUUUUAUCGUAAGCAACAUUUUCAUACAUUACAACAUAGCUCAGUAUUGAAUGUUAACAGGUGUCCGACACAACAGUUACUACUUCAGUGUUUUACACCAAGUUGUUUGCUUAUGUUUUUAAGCAAUUUAUGCAAUAGCCGUAGUGUGUAUAUGUAUCUAUAUAAUUUGCAUCACGUUAGGCUUAUUUGUAUUUCGGAAACUUUCACUGGAAGUGGCUCCCACAGACUUAAAAGUCAAAAAGUUAAUGUUUUAUUUUUUUCAAAUGUUAUUAGGUCAAUUUGUGUAAAAUAUCCCUGGAUUAUAACUAUAAGAUAUGUUUUUUUUUUUCUAUGUUCAGGCCUAUCACAAUUAAAUGUUUUCUGUUCAUCAUCUCAUCAUUAUACUUUAUGAGAAUUUCUUUUUUGUUGUUUACAUCUAUCUGAAAUAGCUGUACGGACCUUUCGAUAUUUGCAAGUUUUUCAUAAAUCACAAUUUUUGCAGUACUUCACCUUUAUCCAGUGUUUAAAAUGAAACCGUGUCAACGUGGAACUGUGCUUUUUCUUCCACUUCGAAUUGAAAUUUUUACACCGAAAAAGAACUACCUCUCCAUCUCUCUACAUGAUUAAUUGCAGAGACUCUUAUAUGUUUACCAGCUAUAGGAUGAGCAUGGCUAGAUGACCUUGACUGGUCUAGACCUGGGUGGCAUUGCUUUCAGAAUUCAGUCAGUCCAGAAAUAAAUGGAGCCUGUCAAGGAGAGCAAGGACCUUGUAUUGCACUUCAUGCUUGUGGGCGAGGAUAUGCGACUCUGAUUUUUUUUGUUUGCAUGUUGCAAUGUUUUGUCAGGUGUGUGUGGAGAUAUCUGCUUAUGUUUCAUGUAACCUGGCCAAAAUUACCCAUUUGGCUUUCCAACAUGAUUAUAAUAUUUAAAAACAAAUGUACUCAAAUUAAAGGAAUUUUGUAAAUGAAAAGGUUAUCCAGAUUCCUACUGCAGGUAUUGAGAAAUGGUUCAUUUCUCAAGGACUUAUACUAUUCUUUUCCCAGACUGUUUCAGUGUGUUUACUGUGUGUUUGUGUGCUUAUAUGCACAUUUUCCCACAACAAUAAGUCCCUAAGUUAUUUUCAUAAAUGUAUUUUAUUGUAUGCUGUGUGUUUCUAUACAUUUGUCCUUCCAUCCAAGUGCCCUGUCAUGUAAUUUAAGCAGCUCAUGCACUUCUCUUCAUGUGCUCACACACUAUUAAAACAAUCUUCCACUUUUA